AUGGCGAUGGAGCAGAAGCAGGAAGUAAAACGUCGCUUCGCACAAAUCAAGCAAAAGGCUAUUUCUUUGGGAUUGACACCCCGAGAAAUUGCACGCUUAAAGUCGUUGAAGGAAUUGAAACCCGAAAGGUCUAAAAUUGUGUCAAUAUUACUGGUGUUUGUCGUAGCUGUGGUUGCUGUUAUCACUUUCUCGGCGUUUUCACUGGCUGCAGCCUUGAAGCUGGGUGUUUUAGAAUAUGAGGGUUUUGUUGAACUUUGGUUUGAUUUGCGUGACUUGACGAUGGAAGAGGAACCGUGCAUAGUAGAUAACCCAGAAUAUAUACAGGACAUAUUUAGACCACCGAUCAAUUGCGAUUUGUGUAAGAACGUCACGGAAGUGGGGAAAGUACGCAACCUUUCCGAAGAAGAGUUCAAAAAGUUGUAUGCUUACACGUCACGGCCAGUUGUUGUUCAAGAUGGAACCAAAGGUUGGACAGCUCCCCAGGUGUUCAGUUUUGAGUUCUUCCAGACAAUAUAUUCACCUGACAGUGAGGCACUGCAUAGAGUGGAAAAGGACUGCCAGUUCUUUCCUUACCAAACAGAGUUUUCGCUUUUAAGUGAAGUUUUUAACAUGAGCAGUGAACGGGCGAAUUUAUCGGACGGCUCUUCACCGUGGUACAUUGGAUGGAGUAAUUGUGAAUCGUCUGCUGCCAAUGCCUUGAGAAAACAUUACGACAAACCUUAUUUUAUACCGAGUGAUUCUGAGUCAAGUAAAACAGAUUGGAUUUUUAUGGGGAGUCCUGGCUAUGGAGCUCACAUGCACGUUGAUGCUGUCGGUUUCCCAUCAUGGCAGGCACAGGUCAAAGGUCGCAAACUGUGGACCAUCCAGCCUCCACCUGAGUGCUACUUUGAAUGCAUUGAUUCCAUUCAGAUUAUUGUAGAACCUGGUGAGAUUAUUGUCUUGGAUACCGACAGAUGGUAUCAUUCUACUCUGAUUGUAGGGGAUGAAAUGAGUAUUGCAAUUGGUUCAGAAUAUGACUAACCUGUUACCAUGACAACAUCACAGCCACAAAUGAAGGCAAUCUCCAAUAAUUAUGUGAUUAUUCCUGUUCACUGAGAUUUAUAUUAAAUUUAAAUCUGGUUUGUGUGAAUUUCAGAUCCGUGCAGUUCAUUGAAUUGCUGUGUUUAUUGCUUAUCUAUGCUAGUUUUCAGUUAGCUUUUUAUUUUAGCCGGCAUUUGAUCACCAUUGUUUACAAUAUCCAUGUUGAUAUCUUGGGUCCUAUCAUCAUUAUUGUACUACAG